UCUCAUUCUGAAGGCGCAAUCAAUAGACCUGAUGAAAUUAAAGAACCACAAAAACCAUCACACAGAUCUUUACCAGGACAACAUCUGCGUUCUCCGCAGAAGCCAGACGUUCCAAAUGUGGAUAACCUUGUCGAGACCUUUUAACCGUCACACUGACAAGCUUCACCUACACCUUAAAACAGGGCCAAUACCAGAAGUGGGAAAGAGAACCCAUGUGAUUGUCCCUCUGGUGGAAGAGCUGAAGGGCAACUGUUGGGAGGCUGCAGUGGUGAAAGAGAAUGACAAAAGAAUUAAGCUGUCAGUGAAUUCACCAGGCACUGCUGUCAUUGGCCGAUACCGGCUCACUGUGGAAACAACUUGUCCAAAUGGUUUGGCUAUUUACACAUGUAACCCUUCUGAUGACAUCUACAUGCUGUUCAACCCCUGGAGUAAAGAUGACUCUGUCUUCCUAGAUGAUGAAGAGGAGAGACAGGAGUAUGUCCUUAAUGAUGUCGGCCGCAUUUAUAAUGGCAGGGUAAACCAAAUUGGAGCAAGAACAUGGAACUAUGGACAGUUUGACAGUGGGAUUCUGGCCACUUGCCUCUACAUCCUGGAAAAGAGCAAAACACUCUGCUCUGGUUGGGGAGACCCGGUGAAUGUGGUUCGAAUCGUCUCUGCCAUGGUCAACUCCAAUGAUGAUGCCGGGGUAUUGGUAGGAAAAUGGUCAGGAGACUAUACAGGGGGAACUUGUCCAACAUUUUGGAAUGGAAGUGUAGAAAUACUGCAGCAAUAUUAUGCAAGCAAAGGCUCACCUGUCAAGUAUGGCCAGUGUUGGGUAUUUGGCGGUGUUACAACAACAGUGCUGCGCUGUUUGGGCAUUCCCACCCGAACUGUGACCAAUUUCAACUCUGCUCAUGACACGGACGUUUCCUUGACAAUAGAUGUGUACGUGGAUGAGAACAUGGACACCAUAACGAACAAGAAUCAGGAUUCCAUUUGGAACUUCCAUGUGUGGAAUGACUGCUGGAUGGCUCGUCCCGACUUGCCCCCAGGAAACGGAGGCUGGCAGGCUGUUGAUGCCACACCUCAGGAAACGAGCAAUGGCAUUUAUUGCUGUGGUCCUGCUCCUCUCACUGCUAUUCGCAACGGUCAAGUCUACCUCAAAUAUGACUGCCCCUUUGUGUUUGCAGAGGUGAACAGUGAUAGAAUCUUAUGGCAAAGGAAUGCAGAUGGGACCUACAGUAAAAUCUUCACUGAGAAGAAGGUUGUUGGUUGCAACAUCAGCACCAAGGCUGUGGGUUCAGAUGAGCGUAAUGAUAUCACACACAUGUACAAAUAUGCUGAAGGCUCUGAAGAGGAGCGCGUCGCCGUGGAAACAGCCUGUAGCUAUGGCUCCAAGCCGGAUACUUAUGAAUCUCCCACUGCAAAAGAUGUAACUAUGAAAGUGGUCAUGGAGGGAGAAGGUCCCAAACUGGGGAGCGAUGCAGAGCUUAUUGUCAAGUUUAUCAACCACAGCUGUGAGAAUCGUAAUGUAAGCCUGAACAGCCAGCUGGCAGUCAUGUACUAUACUGGAGUUCACAAAGCUACAUUCCAAAAAGAGAAGAGAGAUCUGGAUUUACUACCCAACAAGGAGACUAAAGUAAAGUUGGCCUUGACUUACGACAAAUACAAAGACCUGCUGGUUGAUCAGGGAGCCCUGAUGUUGACACUGUUGGGCAGGGUUAAAGAAACCCAACAGGUGUUGGCCACUCAGUUUGGUUUCCUCCUCAGAACCCCAGACCUAAUCAUAAAGCCGAUCGGGAAACCCGUGGUUGGACAGAAGAUGACGGUGGAGAUUUCAUUCAUCAACCCGCUACCAGAAGAGCUAAAAGAUGUGGUGUUAAAUGUGGAAGGCAUUGGCCUUCUACCGGUACAAAAGAUUACAUAUGGAGAUAUUCGCAGCAAUGGCAGAGUCACUAUCACCAAAGACUUCACCCCUACCCUUGCUGGAGCAAAGAAAUUUGUGGCUUCUUUGCACUGCAGUCAGCUCACACAGGUUCACGGUGUUGCCGACAUCUAUGUGGAGGCCUGAAGCAGCAACACUCAAGAGUACUACGCAAAAAGAAACACUUUGAUUCUGUAAACUGUGGGAAAGCUUAAAAAUAAUUAAAAUUAUCUUUUGAAGUGAAAAGAUGUAACACUGUGCUAACUUUGCUCUAAAAUGGGAAAAUAUUGAUGUGUAGGGGUAAAAAAAUGACACUACUUUUUUGUUUUACAAGAGUUAAUUGCAUCCUUUCCUCGAGGUUUUUGGAAAUUAUGUUAUGGAAUGAAGUAUGGCUAAAGCUCUUUGGUGUGGGGGAAAAUAUGUUCUUUUAUCUUUCAAGAAAGUGCGAAU